GAUCAUUAAGAAGAAGACAACCCCCCAACCAACUGGUAAAAUGCAACUACAAAAGCCAAUCUUCCAGACCCAUCUUCCACCACAACCAAGCUCACAGCUUUUUGCUCAGAUCCAUCUCCAUUACCAUAAACCUCACCUUCCCACAAUCUCUCUCUGCUUCCAUAAACCCACAUCAACAACACCCGAAAGCUCUACCAGUUCCAGCUGCAUUCCAACAGAAACAGAUAGCAGAACCAAACAGGGACAUCUUUCUUCUUCUUCCUCAUCUGGGUCUUGUAAUUCAUCGAUUAAUUCAAUGAUGGCGACAAUGGUGGCGAUCGAUCCGUAUGUUGUGUGGACGUUCUUUGCUUCUUUAUUGGGUUUUCUUCUUCUCUCCCUUCUCCGCCGACGUAAUUACGGUAAUGCCACUGCCGAGGACAAGGGAAUGGUUAAAAACAAGAACAAGACGACCGAGAAUCAUGUUUCUGAAGAAUGUGUGAAGAGCUCUGGCAACGGAGACUUCCGGCAGGAGUUCGGCUCCGGAACUGACGUCAUCAUCGUUGGCGCCGGUGUUGCUGGCGCUGCUCUUGCACACACCCUUGGCAAGGAGGGAAGACGUGUUCGUGUGAUUGAAAGAGACUUGACAGAGCCGGAUCGAAUUGUUGGCGAACUUCUCCAGCCUGGGGGAUACCUGAAGCUGAUUGACUUGGGACUUGAAGAUUGUGUUGAGGAAAUCGAUGCUCAGCGAGUUCUUGGAUAUGCUCUUUUUAAGGAUGGGAAGAAUACUAAACUGUCCUAUCCCCUGGAACAGUUCCACUCAGAUGUGGCGGGUAGAAGUUUCCACAAUGGGCGAUUCAUACAGAGGAUGAGAGAAAAAGCUGCUACUCUUCCCAAUGUACAACUGGAGCAAGGUACAGUCACAUCCCUGCUUGAAGAAAAUGGGACAAUUACGGGGGUUCAGUACAAAACUAAGGAUGGUCAAGAACUUCAAGCUCAUGCUCCUCUUACAAUUGUCUGCGAUGGUUGCUUCUCAAAUCUGCGACGCACUCUUUGUAAGCCUCAGGUAGAAGUGCCCUCUUGUUUUGUGGGAUUAAUUUUGGAAAAUUGUGAACUCCCAUUUGCAAAUCACGGGCAUGUUAUUCUUGCUGAUCCAUCUCCAAUCCUGUUUUACCAAAUCAGUAGUACAGAGGUCCGCUGUUUGGUUGAUGUGCCUGGCCAGAAAGUACCUCCCAUCACUAAUGGAGCAAUGGCUAACUAUUUGAAGAAUGUGGUAGCUCCACAGCUUCCACCUGAACUUCACGAUCCCUUCAUAGCUGCAAUUGACAAAGGAAGUAUUAGAACUAUGCCGAAUAGAAGCAUGCCAGCCAAUCCGCAGCCAACUCCUGGAGCCCUUUUAAUGGGUGAUGCUUUCAAUAUGCGUCAUCCUUUAACUGGUGGAGGAAUGACUGUGGCACUAUCGGACAUUGUUAUACUCAGGGAUCUUCUUAAACCAUUACGUGACAUAAAUGAUGCUUCUUCAUUGUGCAACUACCUAGAAUCCUUUUAUACCUUGCGCAAGCCAGUUGCAUCUACAAUAAACACCUUGGCAGGUGCCCUAUACAAGGUGUUCUCUGCCUCCCCUGACCAAGCAAGGAAGGAGAUGCGCCAAGCAUGCUUUGACUAUCUGAGCCUUGGAGGUGCCUGUUCAACUGGACCAGUGGCUCUGCUCUCUGGUCUAAAUCCUCGCCCGCUGAGUUUAGUUCUCCAUUUUUUUGCUGUUGCGAUAUAUGGUGUUGGACGUUUGCUUCUACCAUUUCCUUCACCGAAACGCAUGUGGAUUGGAGUGAGAUUAAUCUGGAGCGCAGUACGCAUAAUAUUUCCCAUCAUCAAGGCAGAAGGUGUGAGACAGAUGUUCUUUCCUGCUACUAUUCCAGCUUGUCAUAGGGCUCCUCCUGCUAACUGAGAUGCGAACAAUAAUAUCCAAGAAUAAGUCGAUCUUCAGACUUGUUAUUUUCAGGAGUCGAGAAAUAUCAGCUUCUACCUGCAACAUUCUUUAUUGAUGAUAGUUUCCUGUUGUAUCUAUUCUAUUGAUAUAGGACUGUUCUCUUCAGUGUAUGAACAAUCAUUCAUGUAAAACUCCAAGUGUGUAUAUCUUGUAGUGCACAGUGUUGGAAAAGAAUAUAAACACGAAGUAAUAUAUGGGUUAGAUAAAUGCAUUGAAACUGCA